AUGAGUCUCACUUUCGAAGAUCGGUCGACCGAGAAUUCUGAUUCGGUAUGGUUCAUUAGGAUAGUCGAGACAAACGUAGAUCAUUGUCGCGAAGCACGAAUUUGUUGAGCCGUCAUACGCGAAUGCAAGUUCAGUCACGGUGCCACCAGGAUGACAGUUUUUAAUCGUCUCAUUCUUCAAGAUGCCAAGCAGUUGAGACGAUGAUAUGCAAGCCGGUUUGUGCCCUCUGACGAGGACAGGGUGCCUCGCUACAUGGCCAAAUUUUGUGGCAAGUCGGUCCAUAGAUGCAGCCAUUCGGUUUAUUUUAACAGAAAUUGGAAGGAGAUUUGGUGAAGAGGUGCACACACUACGACAAGUGUCCUCAUUUGGGAAAUUAUUGCCUUGUGGAAUCUUUCCAGAGAAGUAG